UCCAUAGAUCUUCAGAGAAAUCCCUUCACUUGAACACCAGGAAGAAGCUACAUACCCUACCUCGAUCCCCAACAACAGAAACCCCCUCUUACUUCCACACCAACCAGCAGAAAAGGAGGAGAAAAUCUAAGUGAGGAUUGAAGGAAAAUGGUGGAAGGUCUGCCCCCUGGUUUUAGAUUCUACCCGACUGAUGAGGAGCUCGUGGUUCACUACCUCUUCAAGAAGGUGGCAUCUAGUUCCUUCUCCGUUUCUGUCAUUACCGACAUCGAUCUUUACAAGUUCGAUCCAUGGGACCUUCCUGGGAAGGCCAUGUUCGGCGAGAAAGAGUGGUACUUCUUUAGUCCGAGGGACCGGAAGUAUCCGAACGGGUCGAGGCCUAACCGGGCAGCGGCUUCCGGCUACUGGAAGGCGACCGGCACCGACAAGACGAUCAGCACGAGCGUGAUGAAUUCUCAGAGGAAGGUCGGUAUCAAGAAGUCGCUGGUUUUCUACAAAGGGAAAGCACCCAACGGCGUCAAGACCAACUGGAUCAUGCAUGAGUACAGGCUCGCAGAGAGCCGCGAGUCCAAGUUCAAAGGGACCCUCAGGUUGGACGAUUGGGUUCUCUGCAGAAUAUACAAAAAGAAGAACAAUGCAGGACAGCAACAGGAGAAACAACCAGAAGGGAGCUGCUCAGAAACACCUACGAUUAUGGGCUACAACGGUGGCAGCCUGAUGCCAGAAACAAGGAUCAGCCAGAGCCCACAAACAUCAUACAGUAAUUAUCAUGAACAACAGCAGCACCACCACCACCAACCACAACAACAGCAACCUUUCUAUUUGGAAUCCGUCUCUAACUUUGGUGACAACAACAUGGUCGCCGAAUGGGCAGCAGAUAUCCUGCAAAGUUGGUGAUCAUGGCGGCGCUCCAACAGAGAGCAUCCAAUUCUCUCUGUAGAUUGCAUAAUUCAAUAUUCAAGAUUAGUAGAGGUUUACUGAACCACAGAGUUGUAUACCAAUAAAAAAAUCUGUCAAUUCUUUUAGCUAGAUUCAUUUAUGAUUUGUUUAUGUUGUUUCUGUAAUAGUUCAAGGGCAUGCAGAAAGAAAAGAAAUGGGAAAUAUUGUUCAAGCAAAUUGUAGCGUGUCCCUUGUUAUUUGACUUAACCCCAAGAUAUAUUCACAGUAAUCAAUAAAAUUUAAGUUGU